UUAGGGCAGUUGCAGGGAGUCUCCGGAGGGAGCUGUUGAAAGGUGCCAAUUUGGAGUGAGCUGCACUGUGGGGAAGUGCGCUUCCCCAGUCCUGAUAACAUGAUCAGCAGCGGGGAGACAGAUCAGCUGUGGCUGACUGUAAGGACCAGGGCAUAAGAGAGCUCCUAUCAUCACCAGACACUGGAGGUGGCUCCCAGCCAGAGCUGACUGCGCUGGGAGGACAGCAGGCGGUCCCCCGCCAUGCAGAAGUAAAGGCUGCACUUUCAGAAGGAAGGUGACAGACAGCGCGUCAGUAUGCAGAGUCUGGUGAGAGUCAUAUUAAUUGCUACUCUGCAGAGGAGUUGAAGUUACGAAUUUGGAAGAAGCCCUUGGAAAGAUCAUUAUGACACCUGAAGAUAAGAUGGAUAUGAACUCCAGUCGCUGUCCCUUUCUCACACAGGACUCUGGGGAUGUAUUGUCAUGCAGCAAUAUCUCACACUAUACAGUGACUUUUCUUUCCUGUCUCUACACCAUGAACACUAUGCUGGGACUGACACUCAACAUAUUGGUUCUGUGGGCAAUAUGGCCAGAAGUCAAGAGGUCCCAUGGGCUACCCACGUACGUUAUCAGUCUCCUUUGUGCUGCACUUUUGGAAUGCCUGACAUUACCAUUUGGAGUGGCCUACCUUUCAGACAGCUUGGAAGUGGGUUCCUUGGGCUGCCAUGUUCUUAGUCUCAUGCCCAAAAUUGCCCAAAGGACGGCAACAACGUUUGUGAUGUGGAUUUUUGUUUUGAGAUACGUAGCAGUGACUCACCCAUUAAAGUAUGCAACAUUUUGUUCUGGCAGGGUAUGUGCAUCAGUCAGUAUUUCUCUGUGGUUGACAGUAACAGCCAUUUCAGUCACUGAACAAGCACUUGCCAUUGACAAUUCUAAUAUAUGUUUUCCAGGUUACAGAAUUAUACUAGAAUGGGCUUUGAUUGAUUUGAUCUUGUCAGUACUAUUUAGCCACGUACCUUUGAUCCAUCUUUGUACUUGUGGAUACCUUAUCUCCUGUACCUUGAAGAACUCUCCAUCUGUUCCCAGGAAACAACAUAAAAGGAUCAGCAGGCUACUUUUUCUAGCUGUGGUUAUGUUUGGGAUUCUAUUUUGCCCAAUGCAUAUAGUUCUAGAAUAUCAAAGUAUUCUCGUCUUACUUGGCCAAUCCAUAUGGCAGGCAAAACAAACAUUCAUUUUUCAUUAUCAUCUAAUGUUUGCUCUUAAUAGUCUUAGUGUGGUGAUUGUCCCUUUUUUCUAUGUCUUCAGUUCUAGUGCAAUUAAGAAGAGACUUAAGGGACUUUUCAAGCAUAGAUAA